AUGGAUCCCAACUUCCCCUACUACACCAAUAACACCCACACCAACUUCGACCUCAAUCCUGGUUUCUUCUACGGCCCCAACGCCAAUACCUUCCCCCAGCCUCCAUCUCAGCAACCUCCACAUCCCCAAGCACAGUCUCACUACCGGUCAUCUCAUCCUCAACCUGUCCUGCGGAACAACCCUCAGUACUCCCAUAACCGAGAAUAUGAUCAGCGCUAUCAACCUCAAUUGCAGCAGUUCCAAAAACCAUUCUAUCAACAGCCAGCUCAGUUUCAGCCACAGCAACUGGCCCAUCCUGGUCCUGACACCAUCCUAGUCUCGCCUUCUGGUCAUCCCAUUCAGUCUUCCGCCGUGCAACCACACCGAGGCCAGCAACCUUCCCAAAUAGUUCCUGACACCGUCCAAGUCUCGAAUCCUCACCGUUCCGUUCACUCCUCCUCUCCACACCCACGGCAAGGCCAGCAAACUCCUCGAGUAAGCCACCAACCCAAAUCCCAAGUCCGAAAACAGUCCCCCACCUAUCAGAACACUCCAAACCACUAUCAACUAUCUCAACAUGAGCCGCAGCCGCCUCAGCAAUACCUAGGACAACAAUCUCAAUCGCCUGACCUGCCAAAAUCCGCCAGUACCACGGCCUCCUCUCCGAAGAAAAAGGAGAGGCACGAAGCGACCGGGAGCACUCCAAUCACUCCAAAUAUGCCUCGACAGAAUAAACCCCGUGUCCUCCAGGCCGUUGAAAUCAAUGCAACCCGCAAACAGCGAGCCACAAAAGCACCCAAUCUCCCAGACUCCCCAGCCGAGCCCGACGAACCAGAGCCAGAGUACCAUUCUCUUUUAUGUGUCCUUGCCGACGACUAUCUCGAAGCCGCCCGCAAGCAGCCUGCGCCGACUGAAGUAUAUUACACUCUGAUAGCCACCGCUCUUGGCUGUCUUGAAUCAGUGCUCUCCAAUUUCAAACUGCCUCCUUUGAGAGAAGCACAGGUCUCUCUACGCUAUGCGGAGGUUCUGUAUGCGGAGACCGAGAACUAUGAUGAUGCUGAAAUGGUCUUGGCCAAGGCCAUAGAGCUGUGCGAGCGACACAAAUUUAUCGAUCUGAAGUACGAGAUGCAACUUCUCUUGUCCAAGGUGCUUUAUGAAUCGAAACCCAAAGCUGCACUGCGAGAUAUCCAGAGAAUAAUUGAGGACAUCGAAGCCUAUCGUCAUACGGUCUGGUUGUACAUCUUUCGUUUCCAGCACGCAAUGUUUUCGUUGGCUUCCAGCGCUCCAGGCGAGAUGCACAGCGCCAUCGUUCAGUUAGAGAAGAUCACGAACUUAGCUCAUCAAAAUUCCGACAGUGCAAUCCUUGCAUUUGCCGCUACGCUUGAAGCUCUGCUGCAUCUAGCCAGUUCAAGUCACGAAGCCGUCACAGCUAGUCAGAUGGCGCUGGCGAAGGCUCGGGCUCUGCAAUUGAGUCCAGAUGUCGAAGCAGUCCCACAACUGACCAUCCUCAUGGAGUAUGUUGACCUUGCCUGCAGCGUUCGAGCAGCCGACAUUGCCCAAACCGAAAGAAAACGCAAGAUCGUGCAUGAGGUCUUGUAUCAAGCGGUAAGCCAUCCCAAUUGGAGAGAAGAUGGCUUGAUCUACGUUCCAGUCGCCGCGCGGGCAGUAGCCGACAUGCAACUCCAUGGAAACAGACAUGUCAUCGAAAGAAAUGGAAAGUAUUAUCUGCCUUUCUCGUGGUUGGGAAAGGAGACAACAGAGGCUUUGGGGUUUUUGUUGUCAGCAGAGAGUUCGGCUUACAAGAACGGGGCUGACGGGGGCAAAGCUCAGAAGUUUGUAGAAAGCGGCGUAGCUUUGGUUCGAGCUUUGGGAAAUCCCUCCCUCAGAACAGGAUACCGACAGUCCAGAAGAGAGUUCAUCUGUCAGAGGCUGCUGGAAGCCGAAUUCUUGUUGCUUCUCAUCCCAAUGCAAUGCUCGAAAGGCCUUUGGGAGGCGGCAAACAGCUCAUUAGCAAAAGUCCAUGCAAUUUCGGAGGACAUUGGCGACGCCUUCCCAGUCAACAUGAAACACAGUCUUCUGUAUCUCCGAGGAGUCAUAUUGCAAGGGACCGGAGAUCUGAAAGGUGCGCUUCAGGUCUAUCAGUCGCCUCUUCUCAGUUUCGAUUCACAGCACGCCCCCACAUCAACUCGACCCGAAGCCUCGAACAAGAUAUUAAACUCUUACUACGCAGACUCUGAUAUAACUCGCAACUUCUCCAUCCUUGCGGCGAUCAAUUCCGCCUUGAUCAUCCAUAAUCCAACCCAUCCGCAGCACAGCCGCUUAUCAUCCCUAACUAAGAGUUUGGAAUCGGCUAUCCGGAAUUGCGGAAACCGAUACAUCAAAGCACAUUUUUCGCUUCUUGAGUCCAUUCUAUCUACGAAUAGACUCGCAGAGAAGCAAUUUCUAAAAAGAUCUAUGGACGAAAGCAAAGUAAUUGGCAGCGCUCUUACUACGGCCUUGGCUCUCAUAUACAUGCAAGACCAGCUGUACAAAGGUGUGGUAGAUGAGCAAGCCAUGAAAUGCGCCAGGGCUGCCAGCAUUCAAACCAAGAAAUGGGGACAACCAAUGUGGAUGCACGUCGCGGCGGGUUUGGAGGCUCAAGCGCUGGAGAUUCAUGGCUUCGUCAACGAGGCACAACAGAAGAAGGCUGAAGCAGAGGCGGGCUGGGAGAAGCUGCCGAAUGGUGUCAAGGGUAUUUGA